AGCUGUUUGAACAAAAGCAAAAAAAUUUUAAGCUGUUGUACUUGUAUUUUGAUCUCUGUGUAAAUAAAGUGAAAUGGCAGAAACUAGUUUUUCCCAGAACCAGUUCAGCUGUCCGGUGUGUCUGGAUCUCCUGAAGGACCCAGUGACCAUUCCCUGUGGACACAGUUUCUGUAUGAGAUGUAUUACAGAGUGCUGGGAUCAAGAGGAUCUGAUGGGCGUCUACAGCUGUCCUCAAUGCAGACAGACCUCCACUCCAAGACCUACUUUAAAUAAAAACACUAUGCUGGCUGAAGUGGUGGAGCAACUGAAGAAGUCUAAACUUCAGGCUUCUGUUCCUGCUGGACCCGAAGAUGUGGAGUGUGACGUCUGUACUGUGAGAAAACACAAAGCCAUCAAGUCCUGUCUGGUGUGCCUGAACUCUUACUGUCAAAAUCACCUCCAACAACAUGAGAAUCUCUUUAAAGGUAAGAGACACAAUCUGACAGAAGCCAUUGGACGACUUCAGGAGAAAACCUGUCCAACACAUAAUAAAUUACUGGAGAUCUACUGUCAUACUGACCAGCAGUGCAUUUGUUAUCUGUGCACGAUGGAUAAUCACAAAAACCACAACACUAUAGCAGCAGUAGCAGAGAGGACAAAGAAACAGAUAAUUUUGAAAGAGACACAGAGAAAGUUCCUGCAGAGAAUCCAGCAAAGAAAGAAAGAUCUUGAGGAGCUGAGAGAGGCUGUAGAGUCUCAUAAGUGCUCUGCAGAGAGAGCCGUGGAGGACAGUGAGAGGAUCUUCAUUGAGCUCAUCCAUACCAUUGAGAAAAUCCGUUCUAAGAUGCUGCAGAUGAUCAGAGAACAGGAAAAGGCUGCAGUGAGUCGAGCUGAAGGACUCAUAUAUCAACUGAAGCAAGAGAUUGAUAAUCUAAAAAAGAAACAAGCUGAACUAAAGCAGAUUUCUCAAACAAAUGAUCACAUCCACUUUCUCAAGAGUUUCCAGUCUCUCGCUGUAUCUCCUGAAUCUGCAGAUGAACCCAACAUCACUGUCAGCUCUCUCCUCUCUUUUGAUGAAGUGAGAAAGUCUGUCUCUCAACUCAAAGAAAAACUAGAGGAUUUCUGUCGAGAGGAAAUAGAAAAUAUAUCUGGCAGAGUAACAUAUGUUGAAAUUAUUCCCACCAAUGAACCCGAGAUCAGAGAGGAGUUCCUACAAUAUUACAGUAAGUUCACUCUGGAUCCAAACACAGUGAAUGAACACCUCCGUCUGUCAGUCUGGAGUGGAGUGUUUAAUGUCCCUAAUGUAGUCCAGCAGUAUCCUGAUCAUCCGGACAGAUUUGACCCUUAUCCUCAGGUGUUGUGUAGAGAGAGUGUGUGUGGACGCUGUUACUGGGAGCUGGAGUGGAGCGGUGAUGAUGGUGUGGAUAUAUCAGUGUCAUACAAGAGCGUCAGCAGGAAGGGAGGCAGAAACGAGUGUGUGUUUGGAUGUAACGACCAGUCGUGGUGUUUGGACUGCACUGCCUUGCUUUACUCGUUCUGGCACAAUAACAGCUACACUGAUCUUCCUGUACCGUACGGUCGCAGGAGAAUAGGAGUGUAUGUGGAUCACAGAGCAGGAACUCUGUCCUUCUACAGCGUCUCUGACACAAUGAGCCUCAUCCACAGAGUCAAGACCACAUUUACUCAGCCUCUCUAUCCCGGGUUUGCAGUUCAUUGUGGAUCAGCAGUGAAACUGUGUGACCUAACGAUAUAGAUUACAGAGAGUCUACUGUCAGUUAUAAUGAUACAUGGUUUUUAAGGGAUAGUUCACUCUCAAAUUAAAUUUUGGUAUGUUUUAG